AUGUCAGCUCUAACGAAAUGGUCAGAUGUCGCAAAUACCUCGCCGAAGGAUGAGAAAUCCUCCUCCCUUGCCAACGGCGUCAAUGGCCACUCGCCCGAGCACACCCACCCUCACGACCAUGAACACACGAAUACCGACGACCCCAACGCCGGAGCGCUGUUCCAGGUCACCGUAAAGCUGCCGCAUAAACCCUAUAAGCAGUCUAUAAUGGUGACAUAUCAAGAGCAAGUUCAAGAUGUGCGUCAGUCCAUUGUCGAGACUCCCGAUACCUUCCAGUACACCUGCUUUCAUCUCGAGCACAACGGCCAGCGGAUCAAUGACUUCGUGGAGCUCUCCGAAGUCAAGGACCUGAAGCCUGAUGACGAGUUGGUUCUUGUUGAGGACCCCUACACUGAAAAGGAGGCCAGGCUACAUGUUGUUCGGAUUCGGGAGCUCAUCGGCGCCACUGGUGACCGAUCUGACCUGCUUCAUGGCAUUAAUGCCGGCUUGUCACUCCAUGAUGACAAGUUCGGCUCCGGUCAAGCCCAAGCCCAAGCACUUUCUACUAGCAAGUCUGAAGAGAACCCGCUGGCUGGCUACGAGGUCGAUGGCCGCCCGUCCUUGGAAGCCGUCUUGCCCUCACACGAGGAUCCGCUGCCCAAGACUAUCAAGUCGCUUUCGGUGUCUCAGUGGAAUCCCCCACCCUAUCACCUGCGCCAACGAGGCCACUUACUGUACCUGGUCCUCACUACCAACGAGGGUGAGCAGCAUCAGAUCACGGCUACUGUGUCGGGCUUCUAUGUCAACAAGUCCUCCAGCAACAAGUUCGACCCCUUGCCCAGACCGGCUCCCAAAAACUACAGUGCUCAUUCUUUGUUGACUCUAAUCUCACUGGUGUCGCCUUCGUUCAAUGAGGCAUUCGUCGAGCUUCAAAAGAUGAACGGCCGGAAGGAUCUGCUCACCACGUUUCCCUUCCAGAAUGCCAUCCCCUCGAAUCCCUGGCUGGUUCCAUCUGGGUACACACAGGGAAUCCAGCACCAGGCAGACCCCACAAGACCUCAGGAAGCAUACUUGAUCGGCGGGGCAGACGGGGCCGAGAACCUUCGAGACUGGAACGAGGAGUUUCAGACCACACGGGAACUGCCCCGGGAAACUCUGCAAGACAGAGUGUUCCGUGAGCGACUGACCUCCAAGCUGUUUGCGGACUACAAUGACGCUGCAGCCCGGGGUGCCGUGCUUGUAGCACGAGGUGAGGUCGCUCCUCUGAAUCCUACUGAAGGCCGAGACGCCCAAAUAUUCAUCUAUAACAACAUCUUCUAUUCGUUUGGAGCCGAUGGCGUGCAAACCUUUGCUAGCGAAGGUGGCGACGAGGCUGCUCGAGUCGCUGUCGGCAAAGACGUCGCUGGGGUCAAGGCCGUCAACCAGCUGGAUAUCAAUGGGCUUUUCACUCCUGGCACGGUUGUGGUCGAUUAUCUUGGCAAGCGUAUCGUUGGCCAGAGCAUCGUUCCGGGCAUCUUCAAGCAACGGGAACCUGGUGAGCACCAGAUCGAUUACGGUGGUGUCGAGGGUAGGGACGUUGUGACUGAGAACGAAGCUUUUGUCCCUGCUUUCGAAAAGCUCUCCAAGUCUUUGCACGUCAAGAAGCAUGCCGUGUGGGAUAAGGAAGGCAAGAGGCACGAACUAGAGGGUAGUGUCGAGACCAAGGGUCUGUUGGGCACCGACGGCCGCAAGUACGUCCUCGAUCUCUAUCGCAUCACUCCUCUCGACGUAGCCUGGUCUGAGGAUGUUGAGGCCGACGCUACUGGCGACAAGUACCCCCACAGGAUGGCUGUAUUGAGGCUGGAAUUGGUCGAGGCUUACUGGCGCACGAAAAUGCAAGAAUAUGUUCGCGCGGAAGUGGAAAAGCGGCGUACCAAGCAAACCAAUGGUCAUACCGAAACAACUAACCAGAUUGAAGAGGCUCGCCCCAAUGGCCACAGCGCUGACUCCGAGGGAAAAGAAGAAAAGACACCCGAGACUUCAGAAGAGCCGGAGAAAGACAGCGCUGCGCUCGAACAGGAACGUGUCGACAUCUCGAACUUCAAUCUGGCUCUCAACCCCGACGUGUGCAGCGGACAAUUGCCCCAGACAGAGGAGGAGAAGGAAGAGUAUGCUGCGGACGAGAAAGAAGUCAGGGCGGUGUGCGAUUUCUUGAGGAAUAAAGUCAUCCCCGAAUUGAUCACGGACCUCCACGAUGGCGAUGUCGGCUUCCCAAUGGACGGACAAUCCCUCUGUCAACUUAUGCACAAACGGGGUAUCAACAUCAGAUACCUAGGAAGACUUGCGAAAGCUGCGGAAACGAAAGGCCAUCGCCUUCAGGCAUUCUCCACCGUCUUGCAGCAGGAAAUGGUCGCUCGAGCAUUCAAGCACGUCCUCAACGGUUACCUGCGCCAUCUACCCGCUGUUUUUGCGGGUGCUUGCAUCUCAUAUCUGCUGAACUGCUUGCUGUGUGUGGAGGUGAAUUCCAAUCCCCGGCCGGAAAUUGACGAGGAUCUGAGGGCGCUGUACCCUGAAGGGGAUUACUCAUUUGAAAAAGUGAGUCCCUCCAAACUACAGGAUGCAAUCGAGAAGCAGGUCAAGACUCGAUAUCGAUAUGAGUUGAAGGACAACUGGCUGGCAUCAAUUCACCCACUACCCCUCCUCCGAGAGGUCUCCUUGAAACUUGGCCUCCAGCUAGCGGCUCGAGAAUAUACCUUCAGCAAAGGAGUCCAUCUGUAUCUUGACUCAUCGCCUGCUAGAAGCAGCAGUGACACUCACUCCACCAACGGUGCACAGCCAGACGAAGGUAGCAAGAAGAAGAAAAAGAAAGGUGGUGAGCACGCCCAAGGCAAUGGCACCGUUGUCAAAGCGUCCGGCACUUUCACCGCGGACGAUAUUCUUAAUAUUGCCCCAGUCGUCAAGGAUGCUGCUCCGAGGAGCGCAUUGGCCGAAGAAGCCUUGGAAGCUGGCAAGAUCUCGCUGGCUCAAGGCCAAAAGCAGCUGGGUCAGGAGUUGGUGCUCGAAUCUCUAUCGCUGCAUGAACAGAUCUACGGCAUUCUACAUCCGGAAGUCGCUAAGAUGUACCAUUCCUUGUCCACCAUUUACUACCAAAUCGACGAGAAGGAGGCCGCGGUUGAGUUGGCCCGGAAGGCCGUGAUUGUGACCGAGCGGACUCUAGGGGUGGACUCGCACGAUUCCAUCCUGGCCUAUCUCAACCUGUCGCUUUUUGAACACCACGUUGGCAACACUAGGCAGGCAUUAAAAUAUGUCAGGCAUGCCUUGGACGUCUGGAAGAUCAUCUUCGGACCCAAUCAUCCCGACUCUAUCACGACGAUGAACAAUGCCGCAGUCAUGCUCCAGUCCCUCAAAGAAUAUUCCGAGUCUCGCAAAUGGUUUGAGGCCUGCUACACCGUUUGCGAGGGGCUUUUCGGACGUCAGUCGAUCAAUGCCGCUACCAUUCUCUUCCAACUGGCACAGGCCUUGGCUCUGGACGGCGAUUCCAAGGGCGCUGUCAACAAGAUGCGCGACGCGUAUAACAUCUUCCUCGCAGAGCUUGGCCCAACUGACCGAAACACCAAGGAAGCGGAAAGCUGGCUUGAGCAAUUGACGCAAAACGCGGUCUCGCUGGCGAAGCAAGCCAAGCUUUUGCAAAACCGUCGCUUUGGCAUCCGCCAUCUCCCUCGGAUGGGUGCAGGUACAAGGCUUCAACCACAAAGUGCCAGCACUGCAGCUCCCAAUUCAAGCACUAGGCCUUCUGCCGUGGAGCCGAAUGUACGAACUGGGACUGGCAAUGUUUCGAUGGACUCCAGAAGCAUUGACGAGUUGUUGAAGUACAUCGAAGGAAACGAUGCGGGGACCAGCACCCGCACAAAUCAAAAGAAAAAGUCACUAAAUCCCAAAGCCAGAGGGUCACGGAAAGUCGCAAGCACCUAA